AACCAUCUGCAUGCUUCAGUCUCCAUGCUGUUGGAUGGCUUGCUGAGAUCUGGCAUGCAGAUGGGCUCUUCCUAUGGUGCUCAGCAUGCAGCGUGGUGGCUCUGAGGACAUUUCAGAACAUUGCAGAAGAGUGCUGUGAGGGCUUGAAAUGGAGCAAGUCUCUGCUCCAUGGAUAAGAGAUAGGAAACAGAAAGUUGGGAAUUGACAUUAUUGACGAGCCUAGGCAUUUAUGUUAUUGUACAUGAAGAAUGAAGGGUUGAGGAUCGAAAAGGGAAUGUUAAUUCUGUAUUUUAAUGGCUAGCACAAAUAUCUACAGCUCUAUUUAAAACUCGAUCGUUCUAAAAAUGUUGGCUGCAAACAAAUGCAACUCCAAGAGGAGUUUUGUAAAACAGCCAAAUCUAAGGCUGUAGUGGUUUUAAAUGACAGGGCACAACAACAACAACAAAACAUUAAAAUGGAAAAGAUAAUGGCUUCAAGUCAUGAUGGUUUUGUGCAGAGGAAAAUCAAGCUCCAUCCUGGUGAGAGGAUGCUUUGGCUGUGGGGAAUGGAGCUGUGGGGCUGAUGGGGCAGGUUGUCUGAUGGAACGUUAAGGGACUUGGUUGUGCCCUCUUCUGCUGUGCAGUUGUGUUAGCAGGGAUGUAUGUGAUAAAUGCAUCGAGGUGGUAUAACGUACAAAUGUGCAAAAACAUUGAGAAUCAUGGAGUCGUAAAGGUUGGAAAAGACCACUAUCAUAGGGUUCAACUGUCAGCCCAUCAUGUCCCCAAAGUGCAGCUCCCCAGAAUCCAAGCAUCAGGGCUCUGAGUUUUGCUUGUUUGAGCUGCUCUGUGAGCAUCCCUCCAAGCACCUGUUGUGUUCAGCUCAAAUUCCAGUGGCUUUCUUUUGGUAUAAUUGCCUUUGAGUUUAUAAGCCAGUGCAAACUGGUGUUUUAUAGACAAAAUUCUGCGUAUCCCCAUGGGUGCAGACAAGACGUGGGAGAAACUGCAGGAGAAAUGGGAAGUCAAUAAAUAGUCAUGGUGAAGUUCAGUGUGAUGGGGUUUCUGAUCUAUGUGGGAAAUGAGAGUGGGAUUUGGACUGCCUGAUGUGUCAGAUUGUGUCCUUGAAGGCUGCAGGGGUGGAGGCAGCAGUCUGCUCUUAGCCAGCCCUUUCCCUGUGAGUUACCCGUAGGAGGAAAGGACACGUAAGGAUCAUUGAGCCCAACAUCUUGGGUUUGCUUACAGCUUACCUAAAUAGCAAUCGUUGAAGCCGACGUUUCCCAUCAGCCUGCAGCCAAGAAGGAGUCGUGAUGUGAAGACAAAGCACCAAACCCCUCUCAGAAGCAGACCCCAAAGAGGUGGAGGUUUUUUGCAGGCCGUAGACUUGGCGUGCUUGUGUAAUGUUCUUACUGUGCCAGUGGGUGCCACGACAAGGCCAGGAAGAAGCAUAGAACUUUGCAUUUAGCCUCUUGUCCGGGUAUGGUUGGGAUGAAGCCUUCCCAUUCUGGAAGAGUACCAGGAGCAGCUGCCAGCUGGGCACAAAUCCCCUUUCCCACCCACCACGGGUGGCAAGGUGCUCCUGUGGCUGAUGGCCAUCGGGCACAACUGAGCAAAGGAGUAAUCCCUUUUGCAUGCAUUUAGGAACAUCCUCCCCAUUCCUCUUAUCUCUUUGCUUUCUCACAGUGAGCGUGGAAAAAGUGGAACUAAAGGGACUGGCACACAAGAAGAACGAAAGAAACGUUGAAUAUUCCUUUGAGGUUCUGUGGUCUGACUCUUCAGUGACGUUGGUAACUAAAUCUUCCGUGGAAGUGACUGAGUUUAUUUCAAAGCUGUCUCAGCUGUAUCCAGAAGAAAACUUGGAGAAAUUCAUUCCUUGCCUAGCUGGUCCAGAUUCAUUUUACCUAGAACGGAACCACAUGGACCUGGAAUCGGACCUUAGGUAUUUGGCACCAUUGCCUUCCCACGUGGUGAAAAACGACCACGUUAGAAAGUUCUUCAGCACCUCAUCCCCUUCACAGCAACUUCAGAGUUCAAAUCCUGGCAACCCCUCCCUUUAUAAAGUAGGAACUACGCUGGGAACAUCUGGAAGACCUAUAUGUGGAGUGGCAGGCAUUCAGUCUUCUCAGAACCACGUCCAGCACUCAGCUGCUGCUCCCGUAGCGCUGCCCCACUGCUCCCAUGCAGGAGGCACCGGUUCAUCCCUGGCUUAUCGCAACCAGAUGGAUGCUGCAUCACCCAUGUUGAUGUCUUCCAGCCCGCAGACCCCUCAGACACAGGAGCAAAAUGGGAUCUUAGACUGGCUCAGGAAACUGCGGUUGCACAAAUACUAUCCCGUCUUCAAGCAACUCACCAUGGAGAAGUUCCUGAGUCUAACGGAGGAAGAUCUGAAUAAGUUUGAAUCCCUCACCAUGGGAGCAAAGAAGAAACUCAAGACCCAACUGGAGCUGGAGAAAGAAAAAUCAGAAAAACGGUGCCUCAACCCCACAACACCUUCUUCAGUUACCAGCAGUGGUGUGGCAAGGGUUCCCCCUACUACACAUGUGGGGCCUCUCCAGAGUAUUCGUGGCAACCAUGCUGCAGAGCUGCGGGUGGACGUAGAUCAGCCAGCCCAUCCUCUGCCCCGGGAGGGCAGCUCCUCCGAGUACUCCAGCUCUUCUUCCAGCCCCAUGGGGAUCCAGACGAGGGAGGAGAGCUCAGACAGCGCCGAGGAGAACGAGAGACGUUUGGAGAUUCACUUAGACGGUUCUGAAAAGGAGAAGCCGGUGAUGUUACUGAACCAUUUCACUUCGAGCUCUGCCAGACCCACUGCUCAGGUCUUACCAGUGCAAAAUGAUGCGGGCUCCAAUCCGUCCGGCCACCAUACUUUGCCAAUGCAAAUGAUGUCAGCGGCCUCUACUCAUAUCACCCCCAUUCGGAUGCUAAAUUCAGUGCACAAAUCAGAGCGUGGCAAUGCAGACAUGAAGCUACUUUCGUCGUCUAUGCAUUCACUUUUAUCUUUAGAAGAAAGAAAUAAAGUCUCUCCCGGACCUAGAGGCAGCAUAAAAAUGGAAAAGAGUUUUGGGAAUACAGUAGUGGAUGUCAUGUCUGCACCUUCUCCCCAUCAGCCCUUGCAAGUGCUUUCGGGGGCUGCCGAGAACAGCUCGCCCACAUCUACUAUUAACUUUGGGCCUCGAACCAAAGUCGUCCACGCUUCAACUCUGGACAGAGUGAUGAAAACAGCUCAGCAGCCAGGACUGAUAGUAGAGACGAGUACUGCUGCCACUGUCACAUCCAGCACGGUCUUCCACGUGGCUCGCCCACCCAUCAAGCUCCUGGUAUCAUCCUCUGUUCCUACUGAUCCUGCCAUUGCUGGACAGACUUCCUGCUCCAGUAAUAUGCAAAUAACGGUAUCCCCUGCAAUAAUAAACCCCCGGACUGCUCUGUAUACAGCCAACACCAAAGUUGCCUUUUCUGCAAUGAGCAGCGUGCCCGUGGCACCCAUGCAAGGCAGCUUCUGCGCAAACAGCAACGCGGCCUCAUCCAGCAGCCACCCCUCCACGUCCUUUGCAACCAUGGCCAACCUGCCCAGCUGCCCCGCACCCAGCUCCAGCCCCACGCUCUCAUCCGUCGCCGAGAACAACUUCUACAGCAACAGCAGCAGCAGCAGCAGUAGCAGCAGUAGCAGCAGCAGCGGGUCUGCGGGAAGCAUCCCUGUGCCCAAUCAGAACCACCAUCACCACCACCACCAGCAGCAGCAGCCGCAGCCGCCCGGCUGCAUGGUGUGCAGCUCCUGCGGCUGCAGCGGGAACUGCGGCUCCAGCGGGAUGACCGUCAGCUACGCCAACUAUUUCCAGCACCCGUUUUCAGGACCUUCAAUGUUUACUUUCCCAUUUCUGCCCUUCAACCCUCUGUGCAGUAACGGCUACAUCAACACGCAGCAGUACAACAGCAGCACCACCUUCCCCGUGGUCCACACCGCCUACAACAGCGGCAUCGCUCCGGACUCCGUGAUGACGGGGCAGUCGACGUUUGCGGUUCCGCCGAUGCAGAACUUUAUGGCAGGGACAGCAGGGGUUUAUCAGGCACAGGGAAUGAUGGGAAACGGCAAUGGUUCGAGUCACAAAAAAAAUGGGAAUCUCUCCUGUUACAACUGUGGGGCCAGUGGGCACAGAGCUCAGGACUGCAAACAGCCUCCAAUGGAUUUCAAUCGACAAGGUACUUUUAGGCUGAAAUAUGCUCCUCCCUCCGAAAGCCUUGACUCCACAGACUGAUCUUUUACCUGGCAAGAAAAAUACUGUAAGCCAUGGAGAUAGAAGGAGACUGAACUACAAAACUGAGACGUCCAGUUGCUGUUAAGCUUAAUGUAUUUUUUAAUCCAAAGGUGCUUUACUUUAUUAGACUAGGUAGGAAAUCUAGCUUAGGGGUGCAUCGAACCCAUUUUUGAUUGCCAAAUUCAAGCUUGGAUCUUGUUGUUGGAACUUCUGACCCCGUGUCGUAGGACGAUGCGUACUGGAUGGAUGGUGGAGCUGGCCAGCUGCAUUUUCUGUUGCAAGUACAACACCCUACGUACUAUUUUUGCUGGAGAACGUUGCCAUACGUGGACUCUUGAAGGUAAAGGUCUGACUCCAGGGCAGCUACACGGUGAGGUGGAAGCUGGAGGCGGAGGUGGGAGCGGCCGUUUGCCAGAAGGACUUUGGCACCCCUGGGCUAGGUAAAAUGUCUACUUUUUUUCAAAAGUGAUCAGGCACUAAUCUCUGGGAUUUUUAAGGAUUGCACUACAGAAGAAUGUAAAACUCUUCGAGCUUUCUGCACUUCUAGCAGACGGUGUCACUCUGAGACCAGUGCAAGAGGCAAAGAAGUUCCGACCUUUACCGACUGGCACCAGCAGGCUACGAGACUUAACGACACAAUAACAAUCUUAAGUCAGUCUCUCCUUUCCCUUCCAAAAGAACACAUGCAGCGGUUUCGGUUCCUUCUGGAAACAAACUUGUGCUUCGUUGUCUUACCUGUUAGCGCUGGGUUCCCAGCGAUGGAAUAUGCUUAGUUUCCAAGGGUCCAAGUCCCAGAGACUGCAGAGUCAUAAAGGCUUCGAGGAUAUGUUCCUGUAGUACACAAAACAACCUUUACGUCCUGUUACUGUACAUAGGUCUCUUUCACAGAAACCUUAUUAUUCUGCUUUUGUAAAUGAAUUUUAAACCAUCCUAAAGAAGAACUCUGGCAGCAGAGUUUGUAAGCUUUUGCUUUACUUUAUAUUAAAAAGAAACAAACCAACCCAACCGCCCAACCCUCUGACUCCUACCCCACGGCUUUUGCUACGGGAUUCAGAAGUGGUAGAAGUCAGAACAUGUAAGAGGUAGUAAACUUCAUUAUUCUCAAGACUUGGAAGGAUUUACUGUCAGCCUCCUUCGUUGCAGUAGAUUGUAGAUGACUAGCUUUGGUGUUAACUACUUAGCGUACAUAAUUUGUGGGUGAUAAAUCUAAAUUAGGGCUUGAGAGGAAGCCAAACAAAUCCUGAACUGCUCGUUUGAAACAGUUUGGUCCCGUCUCACUGAAGGGAGGUACAAACCUCGUGGCUCACCCCAGGAAUUCGGCACUAUUCAGCGGGUGAUGCGUCUGACAGAGAGAUGUUUGCACACUGUCAUCUGGAAGAUCUUAAAGCCUUGUUUACACUGGGAGGCAUUUCUCACACCCAGGACGUGUUGUAGCGGCGCAGCUGACUUUGGCUGGGGUCACAAUCAACGUUUGGUUGCAAAAGAAAAGAAAAGGUGACGUCUUCUUCCUAUGCAAUGACAACUAAUGUGAGGGGUUGCUCUCAGCCCGGCUCUCGCUGCUGAAACGCUCCUGUUGGCUCUGCCUGCGUUCUGAGCUCACCUGCGUCCAAUUAACAACCUUCAGACCUGCAACACUAAAAGUGAUGAAAACUGACAAUGCAAUUUACUUUGCCUUAAUGAGCUUGAGACAAUGGUAGGAACGAUCUGCCGCACCGCGUUACGCCGAAGGAAACGGUUUUUGCUGACGAUGUUUACUAUUCACAGCUUUGGGGGUCUCUCCAGUGGCCUGGAACAUGUGCUGAAAGCCAAACCUUAACCUAUUUUUCACUUUUUUUUUUUUAAACAGUGUUUUAAACCGGAAUCGUGUUUAAAUAAACUGUCUCCACACUCAUACAAGUGUUAAACACCUUCUCAAAAUAGCAAAAAUCGACAGGAGAAGAAUAUCUGUUUUCUGUACUGGUUCUGUUUUGUUUUAACGCCCAGGGCUGGGAAUGUAGUCUUGUCCGAUCUCAUCAUCGCCUCCAAACCAUAACUAAAGGACUGUAGGACUGAACUCCUGUCCAGCAAACUGUUUCAUUCCUACCUUCAGAGCUUUCGUUGGGGUUGUUUCCUUUGUGUGAAGUUAAGGCCGAUGUUUCUUCGAGUGGCUUCCGUGUACUUUUAGGUAACGUUUUGAAAAUGGUGAAGUCUGAUCUUAGAGUAAGUUCAAAUUCAGAAGUCUCGAGUACCUUAAAGCAACGUGAGCGUGAUAGAGAAGUGUCUGAUGAACUGGCACCAAUGAUAGAGCCUUCCCUGCACCAGAGCCAGCUGUGGCUUCAGAUCUGCUCGUCAGCGCUGUCCGCUUUGGACCAAGAACAGCCAAAGCUGGUAAGUCUGAGCAGAGCACUUCAGUUCCAUAAAAUACCCCUCCGUCUGUUUUUCAAAGACCCAGCCCCAUCUCCCCACCCCCUGAGAAGUAAGGCAGCUCAUUUUAGAAUAGUAGUUCCAGCUUCACUGGCUGAAAGAAGCAGUUCUUCAAACCUAUUUUUGUACAUUGAGAGAUUUCAAAAUAUGCUAUUUAUUCCUAUCUUUGUCCUGAAAGUAUAACAAGAGUUAGUUCUCAACGUGGAUCUCACUGUGGAAUAGAAAUGAGUUGGAUGUGUGAGGCAGAGGGGAGCCCCGAGCUGUGCCCUGUGGGGUGCAGGGAGGCUGGAUGUGUGGUGGGGAAUGCAUUUCCAGGAGUGUUUUCCUUUUGAUGGGAAUACCAGAAGCAGGGUGGGAUCUCCAGCCAGCUCCUCACCCUGCAGGCUCUGAGGUGAGCAUGAACAGAUGCCCUGCUUGGUGCUGAGCAGUAGCAGAACAAGCAAGGAAGGCUCAUUUCAGCAAGCAAGGUAUUGAUCACAGGUUUCCUUCAUCUCUUUCCUUCAAACGACGUCACGCUUUUCUUUUCAUGAAGGCUUUUCAGUAGCGUGCACACCAUGGUCCUUAAAUCUUAGUACAUUAAGCAACAGACUUCCAGUAACGAUGGUCUAACACUAGAUCUCUCACCAUUACCCCACAUUGGGUUUAACGCUGCUUCUGGCAGGCAGGCUUGGAGGGGAAGAGACCCAGAGCUGCUUGGUGCUGUGUUUGGCAUAGCAGCACUCCUCCCCAGAAUGUGCCAUCACCCAAAAGCCCUUCGUAUGGGUUAACUGUCUGUCUGUAGCAUCAUCACAUCCAGGAAGGUUUGUUGGAGGUCACGGAUGCACAGAGGAUUUGGAGCAGUCUGGAAUGCCUGUGUGCAGGCAAAUCUGGGCUGAAAGCGAUGCAACAGCGCCAGCAAGAGAGUCUGGGAACCCUGAGCACCCCCACCGCCCUCCAUCUGUUGUAAGAACCCCCUGGAAGUACCUGGAUGCUCUCAAACAAAGGAGAAACGUGUUGGUACUGAUGCAGAAAGCAAAUCCUGCGUGUUUUCAAGUGCAGAUUAACAGCUUCUCUUGGACAUAACUUUCCAUGAGGAAUGAAGGAAACUCCUGCUCCCAUUUGAGCCAUUUCUUUUACUUCGGUCAAUUCUAGUAUUACAAAUUGUGCAUGUAACUUUAUAAAUAUUUUAAAUAGUUUUGUAAAUAUUUAAUAUUCAGCUAAUUUGAUUUUGAACUGUAAAUGUCAAGUAUUCUGGUAUUGGGAUUUUUAUGUUUUAUUAUACUUUGUUAAAAAGUAAAAAAUUGUACAUUUUUAGAAUGUUUUUAUCUGAGUAAAUUUAAUGUAUGGAAAAUAAAGAGUUAAACAGAAUCCCUCCUU